AUGAAACUAAACCCAGUAGAUAAAAUUGAAUUUUGCAUGAAAGGUAAAGGAGGACCUGAGAACUUGAGGUGUAAUUUCAGAGGUAUAAGACAACGAACAUGGGGUAAAUGGGUAGCUGAGAUUCAAAAACCCAAUAGAGGUAGUCGAUUAUGGCUUGGAACUUUCGGGUCAGCAGUUGAAGCUGCCCUAGCUUAUGAUGAAGCUGCCCGAGUCAUGUAUGGUCCUUGUGCUCGUCUCAAUCUGCCAAACUGUCAAACCAUGAGCGAGUAUUAUUCUGGAUUAAUGGUGGUUCCUAAUGGUGCUUCAAGUUGCGACUCCACUACAACGUGCAACCAUUCUGAAGACUCCAAAAAUGGUCGGGUAGUCAAAUGGUCAAAGAUGAUUGUGAAUCAAAUAGCAACGAAUCUGGUAAUCCGCCAUUGA